AUGUCAGUUGAGUGGUUUAGUCCUAAUAUGUGCAAUAUCCCUCAACUAAAAGUACUAAAUGUUUUCAACAAAAAUUCAAUGAAAUGGAACUCAAAAUUAAUGAAUUAUGAAAAGUUUUUAAACUUUCAUGGAUGCGAGUUGGUUCUUAUGGUUCCAGUACCUAAUAGAGACUCGAUUGAAUCUAGAUUAAAAUCAUUUUAUCCAACUAUUUUCAAAAUUGCAUCGAAUAAGUAUGAUUUUAAAGCUGAUUUCCAACCAGUAGUAUCAAGCACCGAGCGCAUGCUGUAUUCAAGUAAACAAAAAAUCAACUUUUUUCUUGUUGAUAAUCAAAUAAAAAUGCCAAAUGUAUAUUUCGAGUUUCUGGAUAUCAAUCUACUAAGUCCUGAACUUCGAGCUUCAAAAUCUGUUAUGGACCUUCAAUAUACAGUUCUUGUUACACCAGGCGAGCUUUAUACACCAUAUGAAAAGUUUCUACUUCCUUUUGAUUUAUGGACUUGGAUUUUUGUCUUCAUUACUUUUUCAACUACAUUUGUGUCGAUAUUCUGUAUUAAUCACUUGCCUGAGAAAAUUAAAGAUGUUGUGUAUGGCAAGAAGGUUAGAACUCCAGUAUGGAAUGUGGUUGGUCUUAUUUUUGGAAUUGGACAGACUCGACUGCCUGACAAAAGCUUAGCACGAUUUAUUUUGUUGCUAUUUAUCUGGUUCUGCUUGAUUAUUCAAGUCUGCUAUCAGAGUGAAAUGUUUGAUUUGAUGAAAAAAGCUGUUUAUAUUCGUAAAAUAUAUAGGACAGGGCUAAACAUCUAUGAAUUCACUCCCAAACAAUUCGCUGCUGUGUUUAAAACACAAUCUCAAAAUGCUUCAGCAAAGCUAGCUCUUAUUAUUGAUGGAGUUAAUCUAUCGAACUUAAUCCGUUUUUCUCAAAUGAAUUCAGAUUGGAAUCAAAUUAAAAACGAACAUUUAUUUAUAACUCAGCAAGUGUUUGCAUUUCGUGACUAUGCAUUUUACUUCCGAAUGUUAAAAAAUACUAUUGACAGCCUUAUUGACACAGGACAAAUGGAAUAUCUUUUAAGAAAUUACUAUCCAAAUUCACAAAGAUUUGAUAAUUUUUAUAAUGGACCAAAAGUUCUAGCUUUGUAUGAUUUGCAGUCUGGAUUUUUGAUUUGGUUUGGUUGGUGUUGUCUUUCGAUAUUUGUUUUUAUUAUAGAACAUCAGUACAGUAAUUUAAGGAAUACUGAUUUUAUAUUCUUGGCCAAAAUAUUUAUAUCAUAUUUUGGAAAGCUAUAUCAAAAUUAUCAGGAACCAUUAGAUAGAAUUAAUCAAGAUCAGUCAGAGAAAGUUGAUUAUAAUGAGUCAGAUGACAUUAGUUAUGAUGAAUUGGAAGAAGUUGAUCAUAAGGAACCUAUUGAGAAUGUAAUUUUAAUACAAGAAAUAGAUAAAAACAAUCAAGAUCAGGAAAUACAGAAAACUAAAGACAACGACGACACCAACACUGAAGAAGAAGACGAAGAAGGAGAAGAAAGCAAAAUGGAAGUUGUUGUAGAAGUUCAUCAAGCUAGCGAGAUUGAAGAAUCUCUUGAGUAUUUUGAAAAUAUAAUUCUAAGUAAUGAAAAACAGCAAAGAGUAAAUGAUCCUGAAGCCAUAUCAAACUUUAUGGACAUUGAGUUAUUUGGAGAAGUCUUAAUAAACCAAGAAAUUAUUGAAUAA